GCCAUUGGCGUGCUGAGCCCGCAGAAUCGCUGCCAUGGCUAAGGCCGAUGUGAAUCCGAAGGCCUAUCCCCUCACCGAUGCCCACCUCACCAAGACAAUACUGGACCUUAUUCAGCAGUCAUGUGACUGUAAGCAGCUUCUUUGGAAAGGAGCCAAUGAGGCCACCAAAACCCUUAACAGGGGCAUCUCUGAGUUCAUUGUGACGGCUGCAGAUGCCGAGCCACUGGAGAUCAUUCUGCACCUCCCGCUGCUGUGCGAAGACAAGAACAUGCCCUAUGUGUUUGUGCACUCCAAGCAGGCCCUGGGGAGAGCCUGUGGGGUCUCCAGGCCUGACAUCGCCUGUUCUGUCACCAUCAAAGAAGGCUCACAACCAAAACAGCAGAUCCAGUCCAUUCAGCAGUCCAUGAAAGGCUCUUGGUCUAAACCUGUGGCCUCUGCCACGUGCUCCCUGCCAAAUUCUCCCCCAAGGUUGUGUAUCAUAUUGUUUGUGUUAGCAUGUAGUAGUUUCAGCUAUUCUUUAUUGUUAUAAAAUGUUGUAGUAUUAAA